CUUUGCAUAUGUAAAACACGCUAUCGUGGAAACAACAUGGAAUAAAUCUCAUUAUUUCUUGCAUAUCCUUACAGGACUUUGGUGAAUUGUGUAAAAAUGCGUCAGGGGUUUCAACAAAACAAUACUUUUAUGUGAAAUCGGGCAAACUUAAGUAGUGUAUACACAAUUGGAAUUCUAUAGACUUGUGCAUGUUUCUCUGAUAUUUGUAUAAUAGUUUACUUGUUAUCCAUAUACGUUCCAUUGAUUCUAGCUCCUUCAUUACAUUUGUGACUAAGCCACUGCAGAACGAAUAUAUCCUGCCUAGAUCGUUACACGAUAGCGUCCAGUAGCAAAGCUAGAUAAACAAUUGAAAAAGGUCGAGAGUCGUAAACCUAUUAUACAUUUCUGUUGAUGCUUAUUGAUCUGUUUUAAAAAUAAAUUAAAAUAACUGAAGACCUAAGUCGAGUGCCUCAGCCAAUCGAUGGCGAUCAAUGCUUUGCAAUUAUACUUUGAACCACUGUCUCAGUUUUUUAAAGGUCGUUAUUGCUGUGGCUCUCAGAUCUUGAGACUCAGUUGACAGUUCUCGUCCGGGCGGUGUUUUCAGCAGUACUCAAAGACUACAAGCAUAGUGCUACUUUAUGUAAUCAAAUUAACGGUGAUCCAAGUCUGACUUUUCGUAUUUAACUACACAACCCACAGGUGGAGGCGCCCAUUUGUUGUAUGAAUGGCAAUACGAAUAAAGUUCGCCUUGCGGGGACUGUUUCGCUUGCUUGUGACGGUUUUAACAGUUUAUAUCAUCUCCCAGAUGCUGGUCUUUCACUCAGUUUCAAAAUCAUCAACUCGCAGAGCUCAGACUUCUCCUGAACUUCGGCGUGAACGUCAAAAGCGUAUGUCCGAGAACGGGACUGUCAACAUAAUGGAUCCUCCACUGCUAAUUCCAAAGUUAAAGAAAAUUUCUGAACUUAUCCAGCAUGCAGACAGUGACAUAGUAGAUCUCCUUGGACUUCCGACUUCUGAAAAAGUUUUCCUCACUAUUGGUAUUCGUCUGAAUAGCACCAAUCCUAAAGAUUUCAAACUAGCAAGGGAAACCAUUGGUUCAAUUCUUAAGACUACUGGAAUAAAGGACAGACGACAUUACGUCAUCAUUUUCUACCUGCCGUUCACCAAGGAUCGAACCAGAUUCCUACUACAGGAAGCAUUAGGCAGACGAUAUCAGGAUUUUGUCGACGAUGGGUUGAUUCAAGUAAUCAGACCAGCUACUGAUAUUUACUUCGAUGAAUAUUUGUAUUCUAGUCUUCGAAAGGCCAACAAACUUAUUUCACUCCAUUCUGCAAAGAGCAACAUAGACGACGCUUUUCUUUUCUUGUAUUCAAGAGGUCUCUCCCAAUUUUUCAUCGAACUUCGGCCAGGUUCAACAUGUGCGACAUAUUUUUUCAAGACAAUGUGUAUGUAUGUGAAUUCCUUCAAAACUAAAUGGGAUCAGAUCCAUUUUUCAGAAAAUCCUCAAUAUGGACGAUUGUUUCGCACAGAUCAUUUACAAACGAUGGCCGAAGAUGCUCUGCAUACAUACGAUAGGCUGACGACAGAAGAGAGACUGAACAUAUAUAAAAUUUAUUUCCAAUAUCCACAGAAAGCCCUCUUUUCCUACGUGGAAACGGGCGAAAGUACCAAUGUUUCUUACUACAACAGACGAGAAGUAGUGCAAGAAAUGCUCAAAAGCAAAACCAUUAAUCCCGCUGCAAAAAUAUUCACAGACAUGCGCCAAUAUAAUGACCAUGAACUAAAAUAUGUAUACGAUAGGAACCCACACACGUUUUUUUGGUCAAAUGGAUUUCAAACCGGAAGUUACGUCACAGUUUUCUUCCUCAAACCUCAAUUAAUUCAACGGAUUGUAGUUAAUACUGGAAGUUAUAUUAAUACGGACAAAUUAAUGUCCGGCAUUCUGACGACAGGGCAAGAAUUUAACAUGGACACAAGAGAGUGUAAAAACUUGACCAUGCAGUGGGCGUUCAUAGACGGUUUUGUAGAUACCAUUGAUACUGAUCUUUUGUAUAAUGUUAGUUGUUUAUCAAUCAUUGUGAAAUCCAGACAGACAGAUUGGUUAAUGCUGCGGAAUAUACUAGUGCAAGUAAUAAAACUGUGAAUAACUGA